ACAACGCAAUUAUAUUUUGACAGAGAAUAAGUGCAGUUGCAUUUUAUAUUUUCAACGAAGUUAAGAUAAUGUGAAUUGCUGACCUUUGGUUGCAGCUACAAUUGUGAAAUUUGAGAUUAAUGUAGAUGUUCUUUGUGCAAACAUCCAAGCUAAUUAUGGAACUACUUUUCGGCAGAUUUUCAAAAUCAAAAACAUAAUCUUAUAAUGGCUUCUAACAAAAAAUAGCAGCUGCAACAUAUCACAAAUCUUCAAAAACUACAGAAAACGUGGAACAGUCGUAAGAAGACACAGUCUUGGGUUGAAGUUGGAAACUUUGUUACUUUAGAAGUGUUAACAAUCAAACAAAAUGCCUAUUCUAUACAGCGUAAUAUCUCGGGGCAGCACCGUGCUGGCUAAAUAUGCGGAGUGUGUGGGAAACUUUGCCGAGGUCACCGAACAGAUAAUCUCUAAAAUCGCAAUGGAGAAUCACAAAUUGACAUAUUCGCAUGGCGAAUAUUUAAUACAUUAUAUAUGUGAAAAUCGCAUAAUCUAUAUGUGCAUCACAGACAACGAAUUUGAUCGUACACGAGCCUUUUUAUUUCUGGCUGACAUUAAACAGAAGUUUAUACAUACUUAUGGACUGCAAGUGGCGACAGCUAUUGCCUAUGCAAUGAAUACCGAGUUUUCGAAGGUACUGGCGGAACAAAUGACACAUUUCAGUCAGUCGCGGGAGGUGGACAUGAUUUCGCGAGUCCAUGGCCAAAUUGACGAAUUAAAAGAUAUAAUGGUGAAAAAUAUAGAUAGUCUUCGUGAUCGAGGCGAAAGAUUGGAAUUGCUUGUGAAUAAAACGGAAAAUCUUAGUAAUAAUUCUGUUGCAUUCCGUAAGGCAUCACGUAAUUUGGCACGACAAAUGUUCUGGAAAAAGGUUCGCAUCUAUGUAGUGGUGGUGUUAAUAAUAAUAUUUGUAAUCUAUGUGAUUAUAAGUAUGUUCUGCGGUGGACUGGCAUGGCAGAGUUGUGUUGCAAACUGAAAUACUGCAAACGUUUUCCAUGCAAAUUUAUUCUAAAUACCAUACGUAUUUACAUUUUGAAUAUCACAUAUUUAUAUUAAACUAAAAUCUUUGUUUUACUUUAUAUUAUUUUUUUUUUACCAUCAUUAUUUAUGUAUAUGCAUGCGAAUAUGUAUUUAAUAUUCCGAACAAUAAUUCUUAUUGUUAUACGUUGUAUGAGCCAAGGCGCAAAGCAUUGUAGAUGGGUCAUUGGCUAAGUUCAGCAUAAGAAAAUAAUCACAUUUACUGAUUUAAAGUGCACACGAAAUAAGAGAAUAUAUACAAUAUAUAUUUUUUGUACAUACACAUGUAAAAAAGUAUGUAUGUGCUAAAAAAGCGUUAUAAUAUAACAUUAAAUAAAGCAGAGCUAUAAAUUUAAAUAUAAAGUACGAAAAUAA